CAGCAAUGUCGCUUGGAGCACGUGGAACAGUGGAAGGAGAUGCAGAAUCGAAGCGGCUGUGACUGUGAUACGAGAUUGUGAGUUUGGUUGGUUUGUUUUGUGAGAGUGCCAAGACUUACAUGCUAGGAACUGUUUUUAAGUUUUUUUACGCAUAAAUACGGGCUCCAUAUUGGACCCUAUCAAGUACCAGCACCAUCAACACUUCUUCCCCUUCUUUAUCUGUCUCUCGCCCUGCCUAUCCCAGCAGUUUUCCAUUUUUUCAAGCUCCACCACUGAAUGGACAGUACAAUGGACCAAAAAUCUUUUAACGAUGACUCCAAUGUCACAAUCACUAUUAGACUGAUUAUGCAAGGAAAGGAAGUUGGAAGUAUUAUAGGAAAAAAAGGAGAAAUCGUCAAGCGCUUUAGAGAAGAGAGUGGCGCGAAAAUAAACAUAUCUGAUGGCUCAUGUCCAGAACGGAUCGUCACAGUUAUAGGAUCAACAAGUGCAAUUUUCAAAGCUUUCACCCUGAUAUGUAAAAAAUUCGAAGAGUUCCAAGAAAUAAACAGCUCAAAUGCUAGCGGAGUACCAAGGCCACCCAUUACUCUACGUCUAGUAGUCCCAGCAAGUCAGUGCGGGUCACUAAUAGGCAAAGGAGGAUCCAAAAUAAAGGAAAUCAGAGAAGUCACGGGAGCAUCCAUACAGGUUGCCUCUGAAAUGCUCCCUAAUUCUACAGAAAGGGCUGUCACCAUAUCAGGAACAGGAGAAGCGAUCACACAGUGCAUUUAUCACAUCUGUAAUGUUAUGCUAGAGUCUCCUCCUAAGGGUGCGACGAUCCCGUACCGUCCGAAGCCACAAGUGGGCGGUCCCGUUAUCCUGGCCGGCGGCCAAGCGUACACCAUCCAGGGCAAUUACGCCGUACCCGCCCAUACCGACGUGGCCAGCUUGGGGAAAAAUCCACUGGCUGGAUUAGCUGCUCUAGGACUUGGAGGGCUUGCGCCAUCUGGUGCCGGUGGGCUUAGUCCAGCAGCUUUGGCAGCGCUAGCCGGAUCCCAACUUCGCACGGCUAACACCCGCGGUAGCGGUGCGGGCGGUCAACAAAAUACGAACGCGCAGACGCACGAGAUGACAGUACCGAACGAGCUGAUUGGUUGCAUCAUCGGCAAGGGCGGUACCAAGAUCGCCGAAAUCCGGCAGAUCAGCGGUGCCAUGAUCCGCAUCUCUAAUUGCGACGACCGAGAGGGCGGUUCGUCUGAUCGUACCAUCACCAUAUCCGGUAACCCAGAUGCGGUCGCGCUGGCUCAGUAUCUCAUCAAUAUGAGGAUAACCAUGGAGACAGCUGGUUUACCUCUGCCAGGAUACCACUACUUGGCUCCCAAUCAUAUUGUGAAGGCCCCAAUCCAUUGAAAUGAAUGGCUGUUCACCACUCCUCUAAACAUCACCAACCCACCAAAUUACUCAACAAUCAGUCAGUGAACUAACAACUCUUUCACCUGGCUGAACAUAAUACUAACAUAUAAUCGCCAAAGCGCUACUUUCCAUUUUUGUGAGUCCAUCAACACGUACUAUUUUUUUUUAAGCUGGGGAAAGCUUUCAGAUGUAGUUGAAGUACCACUUCAAGCUUUUACAUGAUUUUCCAAAUUUUCCACGUGUGACAGCGAUAGAUUUCGAAAUUUAUAUGGAACUUUUCUUACGGUAAGGUUAUGUCCCGAAGUUUCAGUUGUAAGAUUUUGUUGUCCUUCAGUGCUAUAUAGAAAUUCUCUUAAUAUUUUAUAUUGAACCUAAAACUGGGCUAAGCUAGUCAGUAUUAUAAAAUUUGUGAUCGAUUCUAGACAAAACACAAGCACUGUCUGAGAAAAAAGCACUUUGGAGAAAAAAUAUUUUAUGAUCAUUGGUAAUAUUGGUUUUGAAUUAAAUGAAUAAAUUAUCAUAUCUGUGAUCUUAACUUGCAGUGUUAUGUUGAUUUAUCUAUUCUAAAACAAUUUGGUGAUAUUAUUUAAAUAUCGGCUUUGAAAUACACACCUUUAUCAAGAGGUUUACUCCAUCUACAACUUUCUACUAUAUUUUCUCACAAGCUAAAGGUACGUGUUGAUUGAUGACUCAACAUCCAAUUAGAGAUAACGCGCUUUUGUCUGAUAUCUCUGAUUGUGUAUGUUUUUUGAAGCGGUAACUUACAAGAUUGGUAUGAGGGAUCAAACCAAAGAAUUUUUAUUUUAAAUUUUUUACAAAUAAUACGCUAUAUUUAUAUAAAGUAUUUAGAUACGAGUCAUGAGCAUGUGUUUUGUUUUUUGUUUUAUUUUGCGCUGUAGUUCCAUCUGAUCGGAUUGGAUUGUUAAUAUUGAGAAUAUUUUAGAUGAAAAAACUGUACAUAUUAAUAUGUAUUGUGCAAAAAACUGUUAUUGUCCUGAUCUAAAAAAGCGACGUUUGACUCUUUUCAAUUAAUUUUUGUGAUUUUAUUUUUUUAAAAGUGUCAGGGAGAAAUACUUUCGUUGGAGAAAUUCUGCAUAGGAUAACUCCUUUCGAAGCAGCUCCAGAGUAGUUUCUAAGUCAACUAUUAUUUUUAGACUAAUCAGUAUUGAAGAUACUAACAUAUAAUAAAAGUUUAGCAAUAACUAAUAGAAAAACGUUCUAAAUUGACAAAUAAUCGUGAUAUGACUUAGAUCGGUAUUUAUAAAUUUGCUCAAUUGAAAAAAUGCUAAAUAACCUAGGAUUAAAUGUGCCAGAGCUUUUGAUUAUUGUGCGAACGAGAAUUUAGCAGGACAAUCACAGAACAUCAAUCUCGUUGUUAUGAACAAAAAUAUUAUUUUAGGAUGUAAGUCACGUAUAACGUAUUUUUUUGUUGUAUUUUUUAUUUGAUUGCAAACGCAGUAAAGUCAUACUAAUGGCAUAGGUAGGAUAUACGUUGGUUGGACAUUGUUUAAAAAGCUCUCUGAACUUCCAUCAAAUGUAGGUGGGCAUAUGCAUUUUACCUUUUGCUCAAAUUUCAUUUAAGUUCAUAUAUUUACAUACAGAAUGUUCUCUAAACACGGAGUACAAUGACGAGGAGCUAUUCUUUGUAAUGUGUCUAAGAUUAUUUUAUUUUCAACAUGAGGCAAUUGUUUAAAUUUUCAAUGGCGGUACUUUGAUAAAUGAUCUAGGUCUUUACGAAAAAAAAAAUAAUUACUCAAAGUAACAUCACGUUUAUAAUAGGUACAAUUAUAUAUUUAUAUAUUAUAUAUAAAACGGUUUUCCAUUACUCUGAAAUUCUGACGAUGUUAUUUAUGUAUCAUCAUUUUAAUCUCCCCACCUAAAUAUUUCGAAAACUGCGCAUUCUAGCAAAAAAGUCUCAAAAAAAGGUGUAGGCUGAUGGCGACCCUGGCGAUAACCUUGAUUGUCAGCUUUAAGGUCCUUUCAAGGUUAUAGGAUUCCCCCUUUUUCACAUUGAUAUUGAAAAUAGCAAGAUUUACGUCUGACCACCACCUUGGCAAUGACCUUGGAUAUCGCCUGCAAGGCCAAAAGUAGACAUCGAAAGCAAUUUGUCCUUGCAAAAGAGUUCAUCAGUUGUGAGGUUUGUGGGAUCAGCCAAAGGUGACCUUGACCAUGACAUUCAAGGCCAAGUCAAGGUUUCCAAAUUAAACUUCUCAUUUCUAAACUGGAAAUAGAAACGACGAGAUUUUGGGUGCGAAUGUGGUUUUGAUCUUAAAUAACAUUUAAGCUUGAUACGAUCUUUUGCCUUUGAGUUCAAAUUUGGACUUUAAAUUUCCUGCUUUUUCCAUUUCCAAUGUUUAAAUGAGAGCUUUCCGUUGGAAAUUUUUGCUUUCAAGGUCAUGCUCGAAGUGACCUUUGGGUGAAACCUAACCACUGUGCUGUCGAACAUUUUUUAGAUGUCCUCAUUUGACCUCGAAAUGGUCUGGAAGGCAAUAGUCAAGCUGGUGACGAAAGCGAUCUUCCGAUGUAAAAUUUGUUCCUGUUUUCAAUUCCGAUAUGAAAAAUAGGGGUUCUGUUUGAAAAUGAAAAUAUUCACUUGACCUGAAAAUGACCUUGAAGGUGGUAGCCAAGGUCACUGUCAAGGUCUCCACCAUUUUACCCCUUCAGACUCCUACAAGAUUCGAUUGAAGCUUUUUUUGUGGGAUGCGAAUUUUCGAAAUAUUUAGCUGGGGAGAUUAAAGUGGGACACCGUGUAUAAUUUGAAUCAAAAGUUUCGAUGCCGUGGUUAAAUAUCUAUUUUGAGCUAUUGAUUGAAACUCGGAGAGCAAUUUUUAUUUGCUGUUGACGUUUUUACGUUCAGAGUGAUAUGGGCACUUUGUUUAUUUGAAUAUAAAUUUAUAAUUUUUGCAUUUGUUACAUUGGGCUGUGGAUAAUAAGUAUUCAACUGUUGAUUAGGUGUAAUUUUAUUCUUCCAAACGAUAGAUGUGCCAAAAAAUCUUUCAAUCUUACUACCUAUUUUCAUUUUUCCUUAUGAAGCUCAGCUGGCGUGGAGACGUAAUGUCCUUGAAAUAUUUUUACCACGCUAGUAGGUUGAGCUAAACUAACUGAAAAUGCUCAUUUCACUCCUUUGCCCGGGCAGCUUGAAAAAAAGUGGUUAAAAUGUUUAUGAAAGAAUAUUUAUCAGCUUUUAUGUCUAGACUACGUUUAACCACGAUUUUUGAGGAUACCCGGUUAUACAUAAUUUUUAAAAUAAUUUAUCACUGAAAAAAUGUAUUUUUAGCCGAGUAGUUUUAGCUGUGAUCACUCUGUGUAACAUGCACUGUCGCAUCAUGAAUUUAACAUUUUCCUUUCAGGCAUAAUAGUGCUUUAAAUCAUUUACCUUAAACUGAGGUAUUAAAUAUCGAUUUUAUAUUCCCUUGGACGGCAAGAUUCUGGCUACUACCAUGUAAAAAACUAAAACGAAAAAUCCAUAGUUUGAAACUGCGCUUCACGCAGGAAACAUCACCGCACCAAGGUAGAAUAUACAAUUUUAAGUUUCAAACAGAGAGAUUCAUCAGCCGAAUAAUUUGGUGUCGGCAGGGUAUUACAGAGAAAGCUUUUUGUCUAAAAUAUAUCCGAAAACGGACCUACAUAUACAUACAAAAAGGUAUGGGCACACCCCAUUUUUUGAUACUAAAUUUAUCGGAAAACUAAGAUCCAAAUAGUCAUUUUUGGUGGCAAUAGAUUGGGCAAAUUGAAAACAAUAAAAGUAUAAUACGAAUUAUGAAAUUAAAGAGUCAAAAUCACUAAAAAACAAACGAGUGGAUAAGUAUUGACAAACUUCAUUUGCAGUUAGUGCUUUGUUACCAUACCAUUUGCAUCAAUUAUGGCCUGAAGCCAUUAUUUUACGGAAAUUACGAGUUGGUCCCAUUCCUGCAUAAGAACAUCUUGUAGCAGUCGUUUGUCAGAAAUUUUACUUUUUCGGUCUUUCAGGUACAGCAAGCACCACAAAUGUUUAAUGGGAUUGAUAUCCUACAUUGCAGUAGUUUUUUUGGUGUAUUCACCUGUUUUUUUAGUUGUCAAUACUUUUUUGACCCUUGAAUUUCAUAAUUCCUAUUAUUAUUCUUAAAUUAUUUUUAAUUUCCUCAAUCUGUUGCCAUCAAAAAUUACUAAUUGGAUGUUUCAAAUAAAUGUAGUAACAGAAAAAAAAAAUCAUUUUGUUUUUAUUUUUUACCCACUGUAUAUCGCUUUACUAGAAAUAUUUAUCUCUGGUAUCUGGAUGGAGAUCCCAAAUUAUCAGGCUGUUGUUUCUCACAGAAAUAAUAUGUAUAAAGUAGAUACGUUGUUUUCUAAUCUUAUUCUGAAAACAAUCUUGAUUACUAGUGAUUACUAUCAAUUUUUCUGUUUUUAUUUCUUAAAUGCUUGUUACUAUAGAUGUAGUCAUAUCAAUAUUCUAGUCUUCUAACAUUUUAAACUAAUAUAAUCAGUCUAGUCACAACUUUGUUUAAAUGUUAUUGGAGUUAAAUGUAGCACAAAAAAUGUUUGCAGCGUUUUUGUAUAAAAAAUGUUGGCUCAAAUUUGGUCAGACUUUCUUAUUAGAAAAAUGCAUGCUGUUUUAAAAAAAGACAGCUACAAUGAGCUCCAAUGACUAGGCUUACUUAUUGCAAAUAACAAUUUGAUCUUAACGUUUGACUAUAAAUGGGGACAAUCUAUCAUGUUAUCCCUUCUCAUUAGAUAUAAUAUUAUGACUGUUCUUAAGAUAUAGUGUUAAUAUGGUUCAGUCUAGUCACUAUUGUGAAAUAAAACUAACAAAAUGUCACAUUUAUUUGGAUUUUGUCAGACGCGCGUUUAAGGGUGCAAAAGUGGUAAUACAUCAUUGUAGUGACUUGACUCAAAUAUGUGCCAAUUAAAAUGGAUCAACAUUUUCUCAAGAAGUAACACAAGUGUACAAAAGUUCAAUUAUACCUUGAAACAAAAAAUGUACUUACCAUAUACAUAUAUAAUAUAUGACUGUGUUAAAUAAGCAUGUGAAGACAUACUUAAAACCGGUUAUGGAAUUUUGUACAGAACCUAAUAACUACCCGUGUUUUAUCCAAAAAUGUACAGAGUGACCAGCUUGCAGUUUCCAUUGGGAUUUUCAUAUCUACUGUUACCACUAACUUGAAGAGCUUUUUGGUCACCCUGUAAACUCGCGAUUGUAGCUACAAUCGUGUACGUGAUAGGAGGUUUCAGUUCCAGAUGAAAAAAAUAGACUACCAAAUUAAACUUCUAUUCAUGUCUGUUCAAUUUUCGUUCAGUACGAUCUCCUGAAAAUGUGAAUGAAACUAUAUACAGACUUUACAAGUUCUGAUAUAAAUUACUAUAGUUUACGCAAACGUUUUUUCUUGGGUGCUUAUAACUUUCUAUCAUGUCUCAAUACAAACUAUGUAACGCUUCCAACCAUCUAAAUGAGAUGACACCUCAAUGAUUGCUUCAGUAGUACCAUGUUGUAGAUAUCCAGAUAAUCAUCAGAGCGCUAGCGCACAGAGGAAUCAAAGAUAUUUUUUAUAAAUUUCUAGUAACUAAUUGGGUUUGUGGGUCUAAAGAAACACAGUUUCCUCUUACAAAGCUGCCGACGUUUCGGAAUAAUUUAUUUCCUUUAGGGCCUGCUACCAUCAUAUGUAUAGCAGAUUCCAUCGUAAAAAUCCAUGUUUAUGUAGUGCACUGUCCAAAAAAUUUUAAAUUUUCGUAUGAAAAAUUAUUCUUCCAAUGACUCUUAUUUGUAUAAAUUUCUAGAAAUUAAUUGGUUUCCUGUUACAAAGUUGUCGAAUAAUUAUCUAAUUCUUCCUAGAAGAGUAUCUGUGCGCUUCGCUCGAAUCAUAGUCGUCGGUAUGUAGAAAUCUUGUAACUCUUAGCGGGGGCCUUAACUAGAUUGUGCGCGUUCGUUUCGGCUAUGAUGUUGAUAUAGUUCAAGUCGUGUUGUGUCAGGCAAUCAACGGUGUAUACAAACAAAAAAUAGAGCUUUCCACGUCGUAUUCUAUGUAGCGAUACGCGCUCGGUAUCAUAAACAAGGUGGUGGAUAGGGGCCCGUAUUUCCAAUGUUCUUUUGGAUGUAUCGGAGAUCUGACUUUACUAUGAAUACUUUUCUCAUUUCUCAUCCUAGGCCUUGAUUCAUGAUCAAUUCAUCACGCCGAUUUUGACGUCAACCUCAACCAAAAAUUUAUCAUGAAGUAAAUACUCGCGAUGUCCAUAGUCUAACCCAAUAUUUCUCAUCCCAAAAUUAAUAGCGCCCCAUUUGGAGCUAGAUGGUAUAGCUCUAAAAAAUUAAGCCGGUUCCAAAUGGAGCAAUAUAUUUGAUUUUGGAAUCGUAAAGCGAUUGUGAAUAGGCAGUUUUUGAAAAAUAUGUUUCAGUAAUUUUCUGUUCUUUCGUAUAUUUAAUUAUUCAUGGAGUGCGUGCUGCACCGGGCCCAUGUUCACAGCCUCAGAAAGUGUGCCAAAAUUUGUAUUUGUGUACGUCGUCAUGUGUUAGUUUUGCGAAUUUCACAGAUCAGUUGCUGAUAGUAAUAUUUAGUAACAACUCAAGAAAUUUAUAUCAGUCUCCUGCAUAAUUAUACGCAUAAACAAGAAUAGCGAACGGAUCAUGAACUAUCUAAGGGAAAGUAGUUUUCUCUGAAUGGUAUAAAUUAAAUUUCUCUAUAAAACUAUUGUUGAAACUGGCGUUAAGUCAGACUGCUUUUUAAAGUGUAGACAGAUUCUUCCAUAUGCAUAAACUAUUUUUUGAAUCUUGCUAUGAUUGGAAAGUGAAUCACAAAAUCAGGGGACGUUAUUUCUUUCGGUUCAUUAUUCAUUUUUGUUUUUAAUUUUCUGUGAUACUCAUUGUGAUAUUUUAUUUCAUUGUGCCAUAUGAAAUAUGAACAAUCAGCAACUCAAUCUGUGGAAUCAUAGACCAAAUACAGUUUAAAGAAAUGUGUGAAAUAUACUAUUUUAAAUUUUUGUAUUUAGAAAUACAAUGUGACUGAUUUUUAACCAAAUAUUUUUGCAAAAUCGUCUAUGAUGUAAUUAUUCGUCAAACAAAAAAAGCUGAACAUUUCGACCAACAUCAAUAGAAGAGUAUACAUUGGAAUGACUAAUUUGGACAGUAGCUGCAUAAUGAUUUUGUGGCUGUGGUUGAUUUAAGACGACAUAUUUGGAACCACAUCAAUAUCUCUGCUCCACAGAUAUG